AUGACAGAAAGUGAUAACAUAGCGGAUAGAGUUUCAUCUGAUAGUUCGCUGUCGGUUGAAAGUGAACAAAGAAAGAACACAUCGCCGUUCAAACACCGACUCUCCGUCAUUUAUAACCAUAAAAUCACACAGUAUAUCAUAUCACAAUGGUUUUUCAUUGGGUUAGCCAUAUUUAUUGUACUUGCGCGGUUCUUCCCUAAUUUUGCUAGGAGUGGUGGUCUUAUUAGAGGUCAAUAUUCUAUCGGUUACGGUGCAGUCAUCGUCAUUUUCUUACAAAGUGGGCUAUCCAUGUCGACCAAAAAACUAUUAGUGAAUAUGGGUAAUUGGCGUGCUCACCUCGUCGUAUUGGUGAUUUCAUUUUUAGUCACUUCCUCCAUAAUGUACGGGCUUUGCUGUGCUAUCAAAGCAGCAAAUGAUGAUAAAAUCGAUGACUGGGUACUUAUCGGUAUAAUAGUAACGGCAACAUGUCCGACAACCGUGUCGUCGAAUGUGGUGAUGACGACAAAGGCUGAUGGUAAUGCAUUACUAUGUUUAUGUGAGGUGUUUAUUGGUAACGUUUUGGGUGCCUUUAUCACUCCAGCACUAGUUCAAAUGUAUACCUCUUCUGGACCAAUGGUUUUCGGUAAUCCAGCAACAGAUACUUCCGUGCAACAGUUAUAUGCAAAUGUCAUGAAACAGAUCGGGUUAUCUGUCUUUAUCCCGUUGUUUGUUGGCCAAGUAUUACAAAAUGUUUUCCCCAAGCAGGUGACGUGGUUCUUGACGACAUUUAGGAUGAAUAAAGUUGGAUCUUUCUGUUUGCUCUUGAUUAUGUUCUCGUCUUUCUCAACAGCAUUCUAUCAACAUGCCUUCACCUCUGUCUCUCACGCUUGCAUCAUCUUUUUGUGCUUCUUCAAUGUCGGAAUAUACUUAUUCUUUACCCUUGUAUGUUUCGUAUGUGCCAGACCGUGGUUUAUAAUAAAAAUAUUUGACCACGAACCAACAGAACACUCAUCGAAAACUUAUACUAUUUGCUAUAAGAUCUUCAGGCCAUUUUACUAUAGUAAAAGAGACGCAAUUGCUGUCAUGUUAUGUGGCGCCGCUAAGACCGCCGCAUUAGGUGUCUCUCUAAUAUCCUCCCAAUACGGAGAUGAUAAUCCAAAAUUAGGUACAUUAUUAGUGCCAUUGGUUUUAUACCAAAGUGAACAGGUUAUUACUGCCAAUUUCAUGGUCCCUUUCAUGAAGAAAUGGGCAUCGGAUGAAGAUGAACAUGGUAACAAAAUCAUCAAGCAACCGACCGACGAAGAAAGUCGAAUUUCUCAAAACAAAGAAGACGUUUCUAAAGAGAACACUGAGGACGCUGACUCCCGUGACUAA